CUUUUUAUUCCUUCUUCUUUCUUUUUAAAAUUCGCCUCUUUGCCCUUCUGUGGUUCCACCCCUCUCUCUUCCCCCGAUAAACAACUCUCCUACCUCCCCCCCCCAAUAAAUAAAUAAAAGGAGGAGGGUCAGGGCAGGAGUGGGGGCAGGCAAGGCGAGGCAUCUGGAGCCAGCCAGCCAGGCAGAGUCCGCACCGACAGGCGCCCGCACGCACCUCACACCAUGAGAUGGCGACGCGCCCCGCGCCGCCCGCUGGGUACCAGCCCCAGCGCCCCGCAUCCCCGGCCCGCCGCCGGCCGUUCGCCUCGGCUGCUGCCGCCGCUGCUGCCGCCGCCGCCGCCGCUGCUGCUGCCGCUGCUGCUGCUGCUGGGGACCGCGGCCCUGGCGCCGGGGGCGGCGGCCGAGCGGGCGGCUCCCGCGGGGGCCUCGGUGUGCUACUCGUCCCCGCCCAGCGUGGGCUCGGUGCAGGAGCUGGCCCGGCGCGCCGCGGUGGUGAUCGAGGGAAAGGUGCACCCGCCGCGGCGGCAGCAGGGGGCACUCGACAGGAAGGCAGCCGGCGAGGCAGGGGCAGGGGCGCGGGGACAGCACGCCCAGGACCCGCCGCCCUCCCAGGACCCUCCGCCCGCUGCUGCCAACUGGACCCUGCCCACCGGGUCCCCAGCGCCCAGCACCGACCAAGCCUGGGACCCCGAGCCCUAUCUGGUGAAGGUGCACCAGGUGUGGGCGGUGAAAACUGGGGGCUUGAAGAAGGACUCGCUGCUCACCGUGCGCCUGGACACCUGGGGCCACCCAGCCUUCCCGUCCUGCGGGCGGCUCAAGGAGGACAGCAGGUACAUCUUCUUCAUGGAACCCGAUGCCAACAGCAGCGGCCGCGCGCCGCCCGCCUUCCGAGCCUCGUUCCCCCCACUGGAGACUGGCCGCAACCUCAAAAAGGAGGUCAGCCGGGUGCUGUGCAAGCGGUGCGGAUUCAACAGAGCUUGCCUAGAUUCCAACUACACAACUGUGAGAUGUUACAUGGGCCUGUAUUAUGCUGCUAAGGUAGGGAUUAUUUGUUAUUUGGCAAUGUGAAGCAAAUGUAUCAAUCAAAACAGGUAGCUAUUUAUAAUUUCAGGUACCUAAAAGGAUGUCAUUGCACUGUUUGGUAUUUUAGAGUGUGAGUCCUUUUUCCCCUUACAUUUCAUUCACAUUACUUUUGUUUAAAACAGUGACCCUCAGACAUCAGGGAAAGGUUUAUCAAUCUCAUUAAGAAUAAAUAGCUAAUGUAUGAAAAUACUCAAUAUAAUUGGUUAUUAGGAAAAUGCAAAUCAAAGCUACAAUGAUAUACCAUCUUACUCUAGCUAGCAUGGGUAUUAUUGGAAGUUUUAUGGUAGUAAAGGCACAGAAAAUUUAUACAUCAAUGGAAGGAGUGUAAUUUAGUAUAAACAUUAUGGAAAAAUGUAUGGAGAUUCUUCAAAAG